AUGUUUCUAUUCACUUCGGAAUCCGUGGGCGAAGGGCAUCCGGACAAAAUGUGUGAUCAAAUCAGUGAUGCUAUUUUGGACGCACAUCUUAAACAAGAUCCUGAUGCUAAAGUUGCUUGUGAAACUGUAACCAAAACCGGAAUGGUUAUAUUAUGUGGAGAAAUAACAUCUAAAGCUAAAGUUGAUUAUCAAAGAGUGGUUCGUGACACAAUACAGCACAUAGGUUAUGAUGAUUCAUCAAAAGGUUUUGAUUAUAAGACAUGCUCUGUAAUGCUUGCUAUUGAUCAACAAUCUCCAAAUAUUGCUUCUGGUGUACAUAUCAAUAAAUCUGAUGAAGAGGUUGGUGCUGGAGAUCAGGGUCUUAUGUUUGGCUAUGCUACUGACGAAACUGAAGAAUGUAUGCCUUUAACUGUUAUACUGGCUCAUAAGCUUAAUGAGAAAAUAGCUGAACUCCGAAGAAAUGGAGCACUUUGGUGGGCACGCCCUGACACAAAAACACAGGUAACUUGUGAAUACUAUUUAGUUGGUGGUGCUUGUGUUCCACAACGAGUUCACACAGUUGUAAUAUCUGUGCAACAUUCUGAAGAAAUUACUCUGGAAGACAUUAGACAAGAAGUUAUGUUGAAAGUUAUCAAGACAGUAAUACCAGCACAGUAUCUCGAUGACAAAACAGUUUAUCAUAUCAAUCCCUGUGGUCAAUUUGUUAUGGGCGGUCCUCAAUCUGAUGCUGGCUUGACAGGUAGAAAGAUUAUUGUUGAUACUUAUGGAGGUUGGGGAGCUCAUGGAGGUGGUGCGUUUUCAGGCAAAGACUUUACUAAAGUUGAUCGUUCAGCUGCUUAUGCAGCGCGUUGGGUUGCCAAAUCUCUAGUUAAAUCUGGACUUUGUAAACGUUGUCUUGUGCAAGUAUCUUAUGCUAUUGGAGUAGCAGAACCGAUAUCAAUCACACUUUUUCAUUAUGGCACAUCUACUAAAACUCAAAAAGAAUUGUUGGACAUUGUGCGUAAUAAUUUUGAUUUAAAACCAGGAAAAAUUGUAAAGUAA